AGGGAGUUUAUAUACGAUGUGGUUCACUAUCUGGGUACAUUUAAACUGGAUAGUCUGUCUGAGGGAGAAGCACGACCACACAUCGGCAACUAUUAGGCUAUUUUGGAUAUCCUAAAUCAAGGAAUCAGUAUCUUCCUAGAAUACUUCUACUCCUAUUUUUCCGAUUCUUGUUGGAUUUUUGUGAAUCAUUAUGUUUAACAUUCAGUUAUCAAGCAGUGUCCAGGAGAGAAUCGUAGCCCGUAGAACCUUUCCUCUCCAUGCACGCACCAGUGUUUGUCGUAGUCUUUUUGGUCCGGUAGAUCACGAAGAACUGAACCGGGAGAUGAAAUCCAAGCUACGUGAGAUUUCUGAGAGAGACCAACGCAAAUGGAACUUUAAUUUCGGGGCUGAUGCGCCUCUGGCUGGACCAUAUGAAUGGGAGGAAUGUCCUGUGGAUACGACUCCAGAAUUUUACCAGGAGUCAGUACAAGUCGGGAAAAACAGAAUCGUUGCGGCACCUAUCAAAGUAAAGCCGUGCCCAGACGUGGUCCUCCAAGAGUCCCCCUCUCAGGAUGUAAUGUCCCCUUGCGAGGACCGUUUGGCCAUUCCUGAAAGUAGCACUCCUAGCACGACUGAAGUCAACCAAGAGAACUGCGCGGUCAAGCUGAACGCUGGAAAAGCCAUACGAAAACCAGUCGCCCGCGGUCGAGGCAAAAGGGCCUCAUCUGAAACAAACACCACACUUAUUACAGAAUUUUUCGUAAAAAGGAGAAGUACCGAAACGAAAAUGAAUGAUUGUACUUAUCCACGGUCUUCGUCUUCAAUCGGAGUUGAACAAACUCCUCGCAAAAGAAUCCGUUGAAGGUGUUUGCACUAUUUUGUGACGAUCGUUUCCGAAACCGUCGAAGACGGUGAGUAAGGGACGGAGAAACCGACUGCUGGACCGUCCACUAUGCAUGGUGCAUCUCCGGGUCGAUAACCUCCUACCCGACCUAGCGAAGCACUCAGGGCUCUCAGGAUUGAACUGUCGGGGACUCCGAAGAAAGAAUUGGGAGAAUCUGAAGGACUUCUUUUCAGACAAAAUGUAGCAUGGUUGCUUUGCAUACAGCCACUAAACAGUGUUAAAUGUUUUAACAACUGUGCAAUCCUAGAUAGCCUAACUUUAAAUUGUCAACACUGGUCAAAAGUGUAAAGCUUUAUAAAGACAAUAUAAAUGUUUAUACUUUUUUAAAAUAUAUAUUUGGGUUGUUUAAUGUAUAUUUUUAAGACUAUUUUAACUUAUAAUUUAUUUAUGUUUUCUUAUUUGCAUAUGCCUUGUUGAUUUAGCAUAUUGUUUUAUUGCCUGUUUUAUUGUGAUGCUUUGCAAUCAGUUGGCUAAUGCCUAGCUUUUUGUUGUAGCCUGCAUCCAAGAAUAUAAUUAUUUGUGUUUCUGAGCCGUUUUCUAUAUUUCCCUAAAUUUCUGUCUUGGAAAAGAUGAAAAUAAAGUAUUUUCAGAUUCUA